CAACAAACAUCGUUGACGUUUGCGAUACGAAGUGGAGAAAAAAGUCUGCAGACGAGUGGUCUUUCAAGUGCGUGUGUGAUUUCAGGAAUGAAGUUAGUCACUGUUGUAAAAUUCACUAGAAGUUACAUCGCCAAAUUGGCUUUAGUUCAGAGAAUAUAAAAAGGCAGAUAUAAAGUUAUUAGCAUCUCUGUGUUUACCGAAACCGAAGUCCGUGAAUAUUCCGUUGUAUCCAAACUGGGGCUAUCCAUAAUACGCAUACGUCGUAAUAACGGGAAUCUGUACCCAAAGCAACAGAGCAAGACAAAUGAAAUGCCGUUCCAAGUAUCGUCCACGAGCGUAAUAAUAACCAUGUUGGUUUUAGUCCAGUUAUCGCCGUUUAUAUGGGCGGCCUCUGCCGGCGUGAUACCAGCUGCUCCGUCCGCGAAAGAAGUCAGCGGGAGUGAUUCGGCCGUCAGUGAUUUGCUGGAUGAAAAUAAACUGGAAUUUCUAAAAUCUUGCGAUAAGAGUUCAGACAAGGAAGAACUCGUUUGCGAGGUUUAUCGCAAUCUUACGUUUGCAUUGGGAAAACGGGCAGGAAAACCUGUGACGGCAGAGACCAUUAAAAAGGUUCUCGAGGAAAAAGAUGCUUUGGAAGAGGAACAUUUUUGUGAUAAUCUUUCCACGGUACUGCGAGCCGUAGGAACAAAGGAAGCUGCGGUAGGACGCGACCUGGUGGCCCAACAGCAGCAACGAAACAUGCGGGAACCGCUGACAAAAGAUAACGUCUGUAAAAUUUUGUGUUUAUCUCUAACAGAAGAAAAUUGGUCAACGGUUGUUAAACCAAUCUGUCGAGUGAUACUGUGGGGUUUUCAACAGCUUUUGCUCACAGAUUCGACAAAAGGAAAUGAUCCAGUUGUUCCGCCGCUAAUGCCAGUACCGGUUGGCAUCGAGAAAUCCCCUGAAAAAAAUGUUACGCUGGAGAACCCGAACAUGAAACCACCAGUUAACGUCACGAAACCUACUGUGCGACCUGGCUUGAGUGAAGCUAACCCGAAGUUGCCAGUAGCAAUAGGUGAAGAGAAAGCACAGAAAGCAGAACCGGAUGUUCAGAGUCCGACUGUCCCGAAAUCUCCCACCGGUGGUGAACUGAAACAGUCAGUUGAUCCCUCAAAAAAAUUAGAAAAUAUCGAAGAUGACCAGGAUCAACUAUUUGAUGACCAAGACAAGGUCAACGAGAAGAACCUACAGGAUAUAAAUGGUUCAGUGAAAACGGAUCCAUUCCAAGACGGCGCACAAGCUGGGGAAGCAAUAGAUGAUGAAAAUACGAAUUACGACAAUGACGAAGAAGGAUUUCAAGAACAGGUGGAACUUCCAAAGGAAGAUUCUGUAAAAAUACCGGAGCUUCCCGCGGAAACUCAGGCAGCAAGCAAACAAGAAUCGAACAGUAACAUUUUAGCAGAAGUGCAAAGAGAGAAGUUCCGCGAGGAUCCUUUCUUCGAGGAAACGGAUUCAAAUUUCUUUUCGUAUUUUUUGUUCGUGAUGUUUGCGUGCAUCAUGUGCUAUGUGGCGUACCAUAACAAAACGAAAAUAUUUGCGCUUGUACUAGAAGGUCGAAGAAGCAACUCCGGGCGGGGAGGUUUCAGCAAAGAUAGGAAACACACAGCAGCAUAUCGAAAGCUGGAUUCAAAUUUGGAAGAAGCAAUAACAUCCAAUACAGUGGCGAGCAGCCGAUCGACGUCACAAAUCAUUUAUUAGGGACUACGACAGUAAAACAUAGCAUAAAGGGAGUAUUUGUUCAGUAGCUUUAGCUUCGGCACUUGAUUGGCCGAAAGUUUUGUCCUUUUCAUUGUUUUAAAACUGCAAAAUGCCAUCAUAUCAAUAGGUCAUCAUAUUGAUUCCAGGUUUAGUAUAAACCUUUUAGAUACACUGGAAAUCAAGAGUUCUGCACGUGCAAUCAUCACAUAGAUCGACUGAUCACGUUACAUUUUGAUCCUUUUGCACAUUCAGAUCAAUUUCACAUGACUCAUGUACUAAGUAGAAGCUUACGAAGCGAUUUAUUUAUUUGGUUGUUUUAUCAAGCACCGUUAGGUUGCUGCACAAUCGCAAUACACCCACAUCUUGAGGGAGGUCGAAGAAAUUAAGCUCGGCAGUUGCUUGCUCUGAAAAAGGUCGCCUGUCUUGUUAAUUUAGCUGUAAACAUAAUGGCCAGCUAAACGCGAUUACUGUAUAACAUACCUACACGAGAUAAUAAUUAGGACAAGCAUCAUUAAAGGAAACGAAUUGUUCAGUUAAAUUAGGUUGUUUUCGGCAAUGGUAGACGAAUGAGAAUGUAUAUAGCACCACCCCUUGUUGAUUAGGCCAGACAGAACCGUAUAGAGCAAAGGGCGAGUUCCAUGUUUUCCUAAUCUGGCAAACCUUAACUUAUAGAUAUUGAAACAAUGAAUUUAUAAGUUAGCGAAGGAGCGAAACACGUGGAACAAUUUUUUCUUACAAAAUAAAGUUUGCGAAACACA